AGUAAUAUUUGGUUUUUGUGUGUUUAAGUGUAGCAUCCUAAACUCAAGAGACAAGCUAGGUUUUUAUAUGUGCAUGGUGUGUGUCUCAGUAAAUGAAAGCUGUUAUGGGAACAAGCAGUGGCAAAACCAACACAAAAUCUCAGAAUGUGAAUGUGAAAGCUGUUGUGACUAUUGGUCAAAGUGAUGGUGGGUUUGUAGGGAAUCUUCUUAAACCAGCGGUUGAUGGGAUCAAAGAGUUGGUAGGGAAAACACUUGUUUUAGAGCUUGUGAGUGAUGAUCUAGAUCCAACAACGAACUCAGAGAAAAAGACACCAAAAAAUUGGGUUGAAAAUAUAGAGACAAAAGAGGAUGCAGUCUGUUAUGUGGCUCAAUUUGAGUUACCCUUGGAUUUUGGGAACGUGGGUGCUGUUAUAAUUGAAAAUGAGCAACACGAGGAAGUGUUUCUAAAGAGUAUAGUUCUUCAUGGUUUCCCUGAUGGGCCAGUUCACUUCACUUGUAAUUCAUGGAUUCAACCCAAGAAUGAGGGUGCCGUGAAGAGAGUCUUCUUCACUGACAAGUCAUACCUGCCAUCACAAACACCAAGAGGAUUACAAAGACUGAGAGGUGAGGAGCUACUUCUUUUGAGAGGGAAUGGAGAAGGAGAACGCAAAAGUUCUGAUAGAAUAUAUGAUUAUGAUGUGUACAAUGAUCUUGGAGAUCCUGAUACCAACAUUAAUCUCAAAAGACCUAUUCUAGGUGGCAACAAACAAUAUCCAUAUCCAAGACGUUGUCGUACCGGUCGAAAACACUCUGAUGCAGACCCAUUGUCUGAGAUAAAAAGUUCAGGAUUUUAUGUUCCUCGCGACGAGGCAUUUUCUAAGAUAAAGCAGUCACAGUUUACAACUUCCACGGUAUCCUUGGGGCUGAAUGCAAUUUUUGAAUCCUUAGACACAAUUCUCACAGACCCAAAUCUAGGAUUUGUUAGCUUUGAAGACAUAGACACACUCUACAAAGAAGGGUUUCAUAUGCCACCACUUAAGGCCAAUGGAUUAACGUUGCUCCAAAGAGUCAUUCCCAAGAUGAUCAAAGUUGCUAAUGAUAGUCAGAAUAUUUUACGCUUUGAUGCCCCAGAAGCAUUUAAAAGGGACAGGUUCUUUUGGUUUUCAGACGUGGAAUUUGCUAGGGAAACUUUGGCAGGUGUCCACCCAAAUAAAAUCCAAUUGGUGAAGGAAUGGCCUUUGACGAGUAAACUAGACCCCCAAAUUUACGGCCCACAAGAUUCAGCAAUAACUAGAGAAGUCAUUGAGCCACAAAUAAUCACUUAUGGAACAAUUGAAGAGGCCAUUAAAGAGAAGAAGUUAUUCAUGCUAGACUACCAUGAUUUAUUCUUACCAUACGUAAGGAAAGUGAGAGAGAUUGAGGGCACCACACUAUAUGGAUCACGAACAUUGUUCUCCCUUACUAAACAAGGCACAUUGAAGCCACUAGCCAUUGAGCUCACUAGACCACCUAUGAAUGGCAAGUCACAAUGGAAACAAGUCUUCACACCUGAUUCUCAUUCGAGUUCUCAUUCUACCAAUCUUUGGCUUUGGAGGCUUGCAAAAGCUCAUGUUCUAGCCCAUGAUUCUGGUUACCAUGAACUUAUAAGUCAUUGGUUGAGGAGUCACUGUGCCAUGGAACCUUUCAUAAUUGCAACACAUAGGCAACUUAGUUGCAUGCAUCCAAUAUAUAGAUUAUUACUUCCACAUUUGAGAUAUACUAUGGAGAUUAAUUCCCUUGCACGUGAGGUCCUUAUAAGUGCAAAUGGGGUCAUUGAAAUAUCAUUCUUUUCUAAUAAAUAUUCAAUGGAAUUAAGUUCUAUGACAUAUGAUCAACUUUGGCGGUUUGAUUUGCAAGCGCUUCCAAAUGAUCUUAUUGAAAGAGGAAUGGCUGUGGCAGAUUCUGAUGCACCACAUGGCCUAAAGCUAACAAUAGAAGAUUAUCCUUUCGCCAAUGACGGUUUGCUUAUAUGGAAUGCCAUAAAAGAGUGGGUAACAGAGUAUGUCACACAUUAUUAUCCAAACCCAAUAACCAUUGAGUCUGACCAAGAGCUCCAAGCAUGGUGGGCAGAAAUUCGAAAAGUGGGUCAUGGGGACAAAUCUGAAGAACCAUGGUGGCCAAAUCUUAAUACAUCAAAAGAUCUUAUUGACAUCAUCAGCACAAUUGCUUGGGUAGCAUCUGGUCAUCAUGCAGCUGUGAACUUUUCCCAAUAUGCUUAUGGAGGCUAUUUCCCUAAUCGACCCACAAUUGCAAGAAACAAAAUGCCAACAGAAGACCCUUCUGAAGAAGAAUGGAAAAAAUUUCUAAACAAACCUGAGGACACUCUUUUGGAGUGUUUCCCAUCACAAAUUCAAGCAACGUUAGUGAUGGUGAUCUUGAACUUAUUGUCUGAACAUUCACCAGAUGAAGAAUACAUUGGGCAAUACAUGGAGCCAUCAUGGGUUCAGAAUCCAACUAUAAAGGAAGCCUUUGAAAGGUUUAAUACAAAAUUGAAGGAAAUUGAAUGUAUUAUAGACUCUAGGAAUGCAAAUAGUAAUUUGAAGAAUAGACAUGGAGCUGGAGUAAUGCCUUAUGAGUUAUUGAAGCCAUUUUCAGGGCCAGGAGUCACUGGAAAGGGAGUUCCAUAUAGCAUAUCCAUCUAAAGUUUGGUAAUUUAAGGAAAAAUAAAAAUAAUUUCUUUUAAUUAUUUUGUGCCCAUAUGGCCUUAAUAAUAAAAAUAAUUUCAUAAAGUAUUGUAUAUAUUUUACAUUUUUAUGUAAACAAAUUAUAUUGUGGUACAAUAAAAUUCUGAAUCAAGUUGUUGUUCA